UGUAGUGUUGGACGAUUAUAGACUUAUUAAGCUGAGCGUCCACUAGGUCGGUCGGUGGGCGCGGCGCGGCGCGGAGCGGCGCGGACUUUCGGAGGGACGUUCGUCCAUUAAUUGUGGCGCGACGCGGUGCGGUGCGAUCAUGUACAUGUAUAAUCAGUUUUAUCAACUUUUAUCAACUUUUAUCAACUUUUAUCAACUUUUAUCACUUUCAUCAGGUAAACGUAUUUUCUAAAUAUCAAAGCUUAUAUUUCGUGCACAAUCUUCGAUUCAUAUCCCUUUUUAUUUUUUAUAAUUUAUAAAAUCAACAUUGGUAAUAUGAGUGAUUCUGAUUCUGAUGAAGAAAUGUUGUUUUUGGCUACAAUUGUUGAAGCAGAAGAACAAGAACAAGAAUAUAAGCGAAAACACAAAAUAAUGUCACCGGAAAAAUUUUAUGAACUUCUUGAACUCGUCAAGAAUGAUAUUGAAAAGAUGGACACCACAUUUCGAAGGGCAAUACCUCCUGAGGAAAGACUUUCCAUAUGUUUAAGAUUUUUGGCUACUGGAGAUACAUUUGUCACAAUUGCAUUCAGUUAUAGAGUAGGAGAAAAAUCUGUACGAAGAAUAAUAUAUGAAACUUGUGAAGCAAUUUGGAAGAACCUUUCACCAAUUUACAUGAGUCCACCCAACCAAGAACAAUGGCAGAAAAUUGAAGAAGGGUUUAGAACUAGAUGGAACUUUCCAAAUUGUGUUGGUUCUAUUGACGGUAAACAUGUGGUCAUAAAUAAACCAUAUCAUAGUGGCUCCUUAUACUUCAACUAUAAAAAAAUGUGUAGCUUGGUGCUCAUGGCAGUUGUUGACGCUGAAUGCAAGUUUAUUAUGGUUGAUGUUGGAGGAUACGGUAAAAACAGCGAUGGGAGUAUUUUUGCCAAUUCUAACUUCGGUGAAAGACUUCGAGAAGAAAAAUUAGAUUUUCCUAAUGAUAAGUCAUUACCAGGUACUGAAGAACCUAUGCCUCAUGUCAUUGUAGGGGAUGAGGCAUUUCCUCUUCAUAAAAACUUAAUGAGACCUUAUCCUGGUAAUGCACUUUUAAACAAUGAGGGUAACAAAAUAUUCAAUUAUAGGCUGAGCCGAGCAAGAAACACUAGUGAAGAUGCUUUUGGUAUUCUCAGUAAACGAUUUCGUGUAUAUCAAAGAAGACUUGAAAUGAAACCCAUAUAUGUAAAUAAAAUUGUCAGGGCCACAUGUUGUCUACAUAACUUUUUGAAGUCAGAUAGUCCUAGGUUAUUGGCAGAAGUAAUAGAGGAUGAAAAGAAUACUACAGUUUCUGAACAAGGCGCUCUACAAAACUUGAGAAAUGUUGGAGGUGCAUUUGCUGGAAUUAGUUACGCCACUAGGGAGAAGUUCAGAGACUAUUUUUUGUCUCCAAAUGGGUCAGUAGAAUGGCAAAAUCGAGUUGUUCGUGAGGGAAGGCGAUACAAUUGA